AGUAGAGCCUGGGCAAGCGACCAUGGCUGUACUGGCAUUGCUGUUCGUGCUCGUGCAAAGCCUGAUCCAGUACCCGCAGCCAGCUGGGGAUGGGCUGGAUGAGGCCGAGCACCGGCGAAUGCAGGAGCGUCAGGAGCUGCUGGACCACGAGAUGGCUCGGCUGCUGCAGGAGCUGGAGCAGCAGGAGCAGGGCUGGGGAGCCGUGCUCUUUGGUGCUCUGCAGCAGUGGCCAUUCUGGGCUCUUGCUGGAUUCCUGCUCCUCUUGGGCCUGUGGUUUAGCUGCACAAGAAGGAAACAUGAUUCAGCAGCAGUGGCAAGGAGCAGAGCUCCCGCAAGACUAUAUCAGAUAUGAGAGGACAAGAACAGGAAGGAGUCACUGUUGAUUCCAAGGAAGGUGGAGAAAACAGGGAUGUGACUGUGGAGGCUGACGACAGCAGCAGUGGAUAUGACAGAGAAGGAAGUCCUGUGGCUGCAAAUGAAGGAGAGGACGAUGAUGCCAUUGACGGCAACAGUGAUGUGAAAGUGAAGGAGGACACCAAUGUUAAGAGUGGCCUUGACUUAAAGAAAGAUGAAGGACGGAGUGAGGGGAAUAUACCAGGAGACAAUACUGCUGAAGGAAAUGAAGAUGAACCUGGCAAUGUUCUUGGAAAUAUGGAAGGCCUAAAUGAAGGAAAUGAAGGAGGAAACAAGGAUGUGCAGGUGGAGCAAGUCAAGGAUGCUGGAAAGGAAGAAGAAGGAGGUGGAAAUGAAGAAAAAUCUCGCAGUGCAAAUAUGAAGGCAAGCAACAGUGAUGAUGUAAAUGAAGGUGAAGACAAUGUAGAUCAAAAGGAAGAAUAUGCAGAUGUGAAGGUGCAGGAAAGCAGUGAUGCCAGUGAACAAAGAAACAGUGAUUGGACUGGGCAGGAAGAUAGCAGUGGUCCUGGGAAUCAAGUAGACCACAGUGGUUUUGCUGCAACUGAGGAAGAAAAUCAAGAAGUUACAAAAGAGGAUAACAGUGCUAGAAACAAGGAUGAUGUAAAUGUGGAGGGAAACCAGAAUGAAGAUAAAGAUGACGAACAAGGUAACGUGGCUGCCAGUGAAAAAGAAGGCAGUGAUGGUGGCAAGGAAGAAAGCAGCAGUGGUGGAAUUGAGGUCAGAGAAGACACCCUAGAUGUGGGCAAUGAGGAAGGCAUCCUUUUAGUGGAUUGCAUACAGUGGCCUGUGCAGGAUCUGGAGGGAGGUCGCUCAGUGACAGCUGAGCUGAUGGAGAGCCUCACGCGGGUCUUUGUGGACAGCGUGAGCAAUAGCUUCUACCCGGUGCCUCAGGAAGCCAUUGGUGUGGGCAGUGCCUUUGAGGGUUGGAUUCCUCAGGAGUGGGAUGGGGUGUACCGCGUGCUGGUCCCGCUGAAUCCCCCUCCAGGGCACGCCUUCCACCUAGAGCGGAACAGCACAGGGCAGGUGGCAGCAAGGACCUUCAGUGUCCGUGUGGAGCUGGUGUGCACGUGCAAGGGGGAGCAGCUGGGCCAGAAGCUGUUGUGCUUGCUGCACCACUCGCAGGAGGAGCUGCGGCAGGAGCGCAGCCUCCUAGAGACACUCUGCACCGGCUCCUACCUGGACGUGGAGAAAACCUCCCGCUGGUUCUACCAGUUGGUGAGAUGCUCGUGGCUGCAUGUGCCUCAGUGCUACUCAUGGCACUUGGUGUUUCAGCCCUGCAGCCGGUCCUGCCGAUUCCAGCUGAGCAGAGGCCAGAGGAGCCUGAUGGUGGAGAUGCUCUUUGGGGUGCGCCAAGGGGACUCGGACAUCUUUGUGAGCAGCCAGCCCGCCGAGGCCAGCUUCACUGAAAGCACAGCGUGGCCUGAGACGUACGCUGUGGCAGAGGUGAAGUUCUUCCGGCACGUCGCCAGACAGGUGCCGUGUGAGAACUUGCACCUGAAAUGCCUGCAGGUCUUCACGUGCAUCCUGAGGGGCACAGGAUUUUCCAGCUCCACCUGGAAGACUGUGGUCAUGCACGCGCUGACCAUCGUGCCGCUGUCCCGGUGGAGCAGGAGGGAGUUUGUGCUGCGGCUCUGGGACAUCAUGGGCUACCUGCGCUUCUGCAUGCACUGGAGACGCCUGGAUCACUUUGUGCUGGGCAACGAGAGGCUUCCUGCAGAGAUCAGCUUGCCACCAGCAAUGCGAGGGUUUGAGCCACUCAACCUCUUUGAGCACCUGAUCCGAGAUCCGGCCGCCCACACAGAGGCAAUACAAGCUUGUGAUCAGCUGCAAUUUUGCCUCUGGAUGCUGCUCUCCGGCCACUGAGAGGAGUUCCCUGCACAGAGCUUUGCUGGGGGGGCUCACACCCAAUGGCAGCCACGUGGACACUGCAUUUGUCACUGGCAAUCCUGAAGCUGCUUUCCUGCUCCUGUGGAAGGAAGAUGCUGCGGCACAUGGAUUCCUUGUGCACUCGCACAUCUGCCUUGCCCUUCACCUUCCAGUCACAACAGUGCUGUUGCGAUGUUGCUUAUGUCUACAUGGCAGAAAUUGGCUCCACCUGCACAUCCUCAUGGAAGACACUGAACUUAAUGGAGGCUACUUAGCACACCUUGCAGAGUGAAAAACCUAGCCCAUUAGGGAAUUCUUGUACUUGUUUAGUAACCUGUACUUUUAAUGGUUUUGUAAAGAUGUAGUUUAUCUCAGUAUAUGAAAGCGUAGAUAAUAGUUUUAACUCACUUUUUCAUAGGAGAACAGGUAGUCCAAGUUUCUAUAGUAGGAAUUGUCUUCAUUAUCAUUGCCUCAAAAGGUGCUUUAGGAUUGUUAGUGCAAAAUUAUUUUCCAGUUAGCAUUAGUUUCGCCAAUUGAGCUACCCUGGUAUAGUUGCCCUUCAGUAAUAUCUACGUAUAUAUGAGUGAAGAAAUAAUAAAAGGAAAAAAGUUUCUCAAAUUGCCUUAAAUAUGUCCUUAUUUUCAUUUAACCGACCAUUUCUUAAAGAAUCUCCAUCCAGUGCAGCUACCUUAAAAAUGACAAAGUGACUCAAACGGUGAUUGUGUCCAGCAGUAACUUCUAGGUAUUCCAUUUCUGUAGCAUUUUAAAGCAGGGCUAUUAAUUUUGCCUCUUGAAUUCAACCAGAAGUCAUGAUGGUCGAAACAGCUAAAAUAUUAAUUAAUCAAUCCUCCCACUCUUCUUAUAAAAGCUCUCUCUCCUCAUUCAGAGCAUGUAAAAGAAAGCUGCUGUGGCCCAUGUCAGAGAGGGAAGUGUGCUGUGGGGGCAGGAACAAGCAGCUCCCUGUGGGGAGAGCAAGCAGGAACCUCCCAGAGGAGGAUGGCUGCCAAGGGAACUUGCUGAGGUCCCUGCCUUUUGCCUCCUUUGCUGGGCAGGCACUGCCCUCACCCUCUGCCUGUGGAAGGAGGAGAACGCCCUCAAUCUCUGUGUCUCUGAGCUCACGGCCUCAGCACAGCUUGUGUGGCCUCUGGAGCAAUGCUUGGAGUCAGGGAGAAGCACGGCCUCCAGGCUUCUUGCUGCACAAUCCACCCAGGGCUGGAUUUGCCAGGGCCAGAGUUACUGCAGGUGGUUAAAGUGCGGGUCUGGCCGUGAGUUUUGAUGCAAGUGCAAGUGCUGUGUGUGAGGCCAUGCUGAGGGAGUGCUGAACAUGCAGCUGUUCAGUGCUGCCACCGAAACACUCCCAUCGAACUCUGAACUGGAGGGCAGUGUGCAGUAACACCAGGAGAUAAAGUGAAAGCAAUGUUCAGUAACAGCAAGCAUAGCCAAAUGAUCUGGAUGUAUUUCUGUUGCUGUUCCUUUAGGCCUUGGAAACAGGAGGCAGCACUGAUGAAGUAAGUGAGCAAGUCCACCUGGUUGGUAUUGCACUGUCAAUUCCUUUGUACUGUCAAUUCUUCUUUGGGAGUACCUCACCCUGCUCUGUGUGUCUCCAAAGUCUGUUAAUAUUGAUUUUCUGGUCGACGCCAUCUGGCUCUGGUAUUGCACCAGAGAUGUUCAUGCUGCUGCAGUUCAAGGUCUCUCAUCUUUUGCACAAAAGUCCUGUCCCCUUUGCUAUGGACACUGCACUCCUUAGGAAGCUGACAAAUACAUUUGAACAUAGUGAGAGAAAUGUUAAAGUGGAAGUGUGGCGAAGAUGCGUUACCAAUUUAAGAACAUCUUU